ACCGCGUCACAGACACACACAGUUUAAGAGCAGCGAGUCUCCUCUGUUUGCUACAAAAUCUGCCCUUAACACAGGAAAAGAAAAGUGAGAAACAAUGGCAAGAACCAAGCAGACCGCUCGCAAGUCUACUGGCGGCAAAGCCCCCAGGAAGCAGCUCGCCACUAAGGCUGCCCGUAAGAGCGCCCCGGCCACCGGAGGCGUCAAGAAGCCUCACCGUUACAGGCCCGGUACCGUGGCUCUGCGCGAGAUCCGCCGUUACCAGAAAUCCACCGAGCUGCUCAUCCGCAAGCUGCCCUUCCAGCGCCUGGUCCGCGAGAUCGCUCAGGACUUCAAGACCGACCUGCGCUUCCAGAGCUCUGCCGUUAUGGCUCUGCAAGAGGCCAGUGAGGCUUACCUGGUCGGUCUCUUCGAGGACACAAACCUGUGCGCCAUCCACGCCAAGCGGGUCACCAUCAUGCCCAAAGACAUCCAGCUGGCUCGCCGCAUCCGCGGAGAGAGAGCUUAAGCUACUCGCUCACCUACAAACAACGGCUCUUUUCAGAGCCACCUCCCUCCCACCAAGAGCUCGCUC